CGUCGUCUGCAAGCAGAGCUCUAGUAGAAGGUGUACGACAAACGGCUAACGUGAGUGUAAUUAAAAGUUAUUAGGAGUUUUUAUUGGUUAAAUAAGGUUACUUAUGAGCACGAUGGAACCUAGAAAACCUUGUCGUACUUGCUCUGACUUCAAAUCGUGGGCAAAAAUGCAGAAACAAGCCAUGGAUGCUGAAAAAGAGUCAGAGCAGGAAAAAUCGAAAACUGACAAUAAAAAUAUUGUUGAAACAACAGUGGAUGCAAGAAAAGACUGUCCCUUGGACAGGGAUUCUCUAGGUUCUAAUACAUGGUCAUUUCUACAUACAAUGGCAGCUUAUUAUCCAAAAAAUCCAUCAACAGAACAGAGAAAAGAUAUGAAAACGUUUUUUCACCUAUUAUCACAGUUCUAUCCCUGCCAUAUUUGUGCAGGAGAUUUACAAGAGCAGUUAAAAGUGUCACCACCUAGAACUGACUCUCGACAUCAGCUAAGUCAAUGGCUUUGUGAAAUUCACAAUGAAGUCAAUAUAAAGUUAGGUAAACCUAUAUUUGAUUGUAAAUUAGUUAAUCAAAGAUGGAGAGAUGGUUGGCUUGAUGGCUCUUGUGAUUAAUUGCAAAAAUCUGCUACUAUUGCACAAAUGAAUGACUAUGAAUAGGUGCAAAAAGAAAUUUUCUACUGUAAAUAAGUAAAUAUUUAUAUUUGACUUUAUACAUAGUUUUCACAUUUUAUGAAAAGUGUAAAUAAUUAGUUCAUACACAAAUAAU